UUUUCAAGCUGUUUUAAGCCUUCGUUUUCAUGGAAGAUUCUCAGGGUUCGAAGGAGAAACAAGAGCUGAAACUCUGUUUUCAGAGCAAAAGAUAUGGAAACAAAGAGAAGCCUCCUAUGGAAGAUCGAGUGAAGUUGGCUGCCAUUGCAAUUAGCCUUAACGUGCGUCUGAGAUCAUCUGAUAUGCCGGUUAACAUGCAAGAACAUGCCCUCCGUUGCACUCGACGGCUUCUCGAUUCGGCUCCGGAGCCUCGACCUAGCCUUACUCAACUGGCCCGAGCCAUCAAAAAGGAGUUUGACUCGGUGUACGGACCAGCAUGGCAGUGUGUGAUCGGGACGAGUUUCGGAUCGUACGGGACCCACUCAGUGGGUGGAUUUCUGUACUUCUCGAUUGACUCGCUCUCCAUUCUUCUCUUCAAAACAGAGGUUCAGUUGGUCAACAAAAAAGGCUUUGAAUGA